GUUUGAUCCCUUUGGAGAUUCAUUUGCUGAUCCCACAUUUGGAUACAUUUAUCUCGGCACUUACAGUUUCCUCUUCUGUAUAAUCCCUGACGACUCAGUCUACACAUAUACAAAUGAGGCUGUAUGCUGAUCCUGCGGCCGGGCGUCCAUCAUAUGUAUUUACAUAGGCGUCACCAUCGCCCCUGGAGAGCAAACAACUCUACUCAUAGACGGCAAACCAGAACUCUGUCCUGCACCGGCACCAUUGUCCCACCGUGGUCCUGAAUACAUCAUGACUACAUCCCCAGGAUUGUAUCCUAUCAUCUUCUUCAUUCUUCAUUUCUACCCAGCACUGGGCUGCACCGAAACCAAAUAUAAGACGGAAUUUAGCAAAUCGGGCGACUUUGUCAUCGCGGGAUUAUUCACUUAUCAUAAAGCGGAUGCAUCAACAUCCUCCACUCCUCUGAUUGACAAUUGUGAAGGAACCUCCUUCAAUUCACAAGGUUAUCAUCUGCUCCAAGCCAUGAGAUUCACCAUCAAUGAAAUCAAUAACUCCAGUCGGCUUCUCCCCAAUGUCACCCUGGGCUACGAGCUUUACGACACCUGUUCAGACUCCGCCAACAUCUAUGGGACCCUCAGGAUCCUCUCCCAGUGCGCGGCCCCCUAUAUAAAGAUAAAAAACAACUUCAGUGACUAUGAAAUGAAAACCAUUGCGUUGGUUGGACCGGCCAGCAGCAGCUUCGCUUUUGUUACUGCGAGUAUAUUAGGGAAAUUCCUCAUGCCGCAGAUCAGUUACUCGGCCUCCAAUGAGUUGCUCAGCCGUAAGCUGCUAUACCCAUCUUUUUUUCGCACUAUCCCCAGCGACAAACUUCAAGUAGAAGUCAUUCUGAACUUGCUGCAGAGAUUUAACUGGACGUGGAUAGCAAUAGUGGGCAGCGAUGAUGUCUAUGGCCGGCAGGGCUUACAAGACUUAUACUCCUUGGCAACAAGCAAAGGCAUCUGUGUAGCUUACCAAGGGUUAAUCCCGUACAGCACAGACAGGACCAGCACCAAGAAGAUGGUGGCUAACAUUGUGCAGGUCCGGGUUCGGGUAACUGUGGUCUUUUCUGCCUAUUUUAAUGCCAGGAUAUUUUUUGAAGAAGUGGUUAACGCCAACGUGACGGAUUUUGUGUGGAUCGGCAGUGAGAGUUGGUCCGUGGACUCGCAGAUCGGGGAGCUGCCAGACAUCAAGAGCAUCGGCUCCAUCCUGGGGGUCUCCGUGGCUAAGAUCUAUUUCCCGCAGCUCAUAGACUUUGAGAUUAACUAUGUUAAAUCCAUUAAAGCAAUGGACUUGGGCCAAUAUGGCUGCAACCAAAUGUGUCAGGAAUGUCGCUCAUUCACUCCACAGAACAUGUCAAUCCCCAGUCAGUUCGCCAUGUCGGUCGCUUUUAAUGUAUACUCCGCUGUCUACGCCAUAGCUUACAGCUUACACGACUUAUUGGAUUGUAAAUCUGGACAAUGCAGGAAUGAGACUGUUUAUCCUUGGCAGCUCUUACAAUAUGUGAAGAAGGUGAAUUUCACUCUCUACAAUCAGUCCAUCUAUUUUGACAGUAACGGGGACUCGGCCACCGGCUACGACAUAGUGAUGUGGUCCUGGGAUGGCGUCUCCCCAUCCUUUAAGGUUAUUGGCUCAUACAGCAAAGUUGCAGGAAGGCUCCAGCUGACAGAAGAGCUAAAAUGGCACACCAAGGAUAACUCAGUUCCUGAAUCAGUUUGUUCAAAAGAAUGUGAGAAAGGAGAAAGACGAGUGCAGACGGGGUCGUUUUCUUGCUGUUUCGACUGUAUUUCUUGCCCAGAAAUGACUUUUGUCAACCAGAGCGAUCUCUACACCUGUCAGCCUUGUAGAUCCGAUCACUGGUCGCCCGUGAAGAGUGACAUCUGCUACCCCAGAACCUUAGAAUAUCUUCCAUGGACGGAUCCCUUGUCCCUCGUCCUUCUUAUAAUCGUCACUUUGUUGCUGAUACUUAUUGUGGCGAUUGCUGCGAUAUUCGUUGUGAAGCUCGAUACCCCAGUAGUGAAGUCAGCGGGGGGCAGGAUGUGUUUGCUGAUGUUAUGUUCCCUGGCAUGCUCCUGUUGCACCCUCUAUUGUUAUUUCGGUAGGCCCGGGGUGGUCACAUGUCUGGUGAGACAACCCGUCUUCUCCAUCAGCUUCACCGUUUGCUUUUCCUGCAUUGUGGUCCAUUCAUUCCAGAUCGUCUGCAUCUUUAAAAUGGCCACGCACAUGCCCAAAGUGUAUGACAUGUGGGUGAAGAGGAACGGCUCGGAUAUCUUCAUCGUGGUCAGUACCGCCGGUCAGGUCCUGAUCUGCAUCGUCUGGAUGGUGGUCAAGCCGCCUUUGCCCAUUGAAGAUUAUGCCACGUUCCCUGACCAGAUCAUCCUAAAGUGCUCGGAGACGGCCUCCGUGGGCUCUGUGGCUCAGAUCGCUUACAUUGGUCUCCUUAGUAUGUUGUGCUUCACCUUCUGUUACAUGGGGAAAGACUUACCAGACAAUUACAACGAGGCCAAAUGUAUCUCCUUCAGUUUGUUGGUCUACUUCUUCUCCUGGAUCGCGUUCUUCACCACCUACAUCAUCUACCAGGGGAAGUACAUAGAGGCUGUCAACGUGGCUGCCGUAUUAGUCAGUGUGAUGGGGAUUCUUAUUGGCUACUUUACUCCAAAAUGUUGCAUUAUUCUCUUUACACCAGAACUCAACACUACUGAGCAUUUCCAGACGGCCAUUCAGAACUACACCAAGAAACAAUCUGCGGCUGACUAGGAUGCCCGCUGGUUUUUCCCAUAUGGGGGAGUAUGGUGGGUGAGGCACAUGGGUGACAUGUCCUGGGACCUCCAUUAGCACACUCCUCUGACCUGCUGUCAGUCACCAAUAGCAUGGAUAUUGUAUACACUGCUCACUCACUCCCGCCCCCCAUAUGUCAGAAAAAUAUGGUCCCCUAAUGAUCCCUUCCAGCUGAGAGAGGUGGCUGUCAUGCUCAUGGUUGUCUCUUUUGAAGACCAAGGGAUGUGGCUGUUUCUGUACUUCCUGGUGAUUUCAGUUUCAGUCAGGUGGGCUGCAGGUCCCAGAGAUAAGAAGGGACACACCACAAAAUAGUUUUUGCCAAGGCACCUUAAAGGGGUUGUCUAGUGAAAUUAACAACCUUUGUACGGUGUCAUAAGUAUAAUAAAAUAACUUCACAUCAUGUCUUCCCUCCUUCCAACAUGGAACUAGACCAGGGAUGUGAAUGGGGAGCUGAUAAUACUGCUCUUUAUAUUUAUGACUCAUUAGAUAAGGCAGCAGGGAGCCCAUUCUGUAAGAAACAACUGUGACUGAGAACAUCUUUCUGCUGCCUUAUCUAAUGAGUGAUAAAUCUAAUGAGCAGCUCCUCCUUCACAUCCCAGGGCUAGUCCCUUUCUGACAGGAGGUGAGGGAGCAGAAGCUCUCAGCUUUCAGAGGGUAAUAACUUUGGCAACAAUCCUUUAUACUGCUAUCCUUGUGGUGUAAACCUUUGCCCAAUAUCAGCUUUAUUUCGGAAUAACUAGAUUGGGCAGAACGUUUCAGUUUCCAAACAUGAUGGUAGAAGAGUCAGUGGUCCGACUCUAUAGGGGGGGAUAGUUAUAGAUAUCAUAAUCUAUCAAGAUUCUAUGAGGCUCGUCUUGUAUUUGUGACUGUAAACAGCUGAACAUACGGUUUUGGAUAUGAAUAUGACUAUAUAUAUCUGUAGGUAAUCUUUGUAUUUUUUUUAUCCAGUAUUAUGUAUAAAGAUAUAAAGAUAUUAUAAGACAUCUUCUGAGUGUUUGUGAAGAAAUUAGAUUUUUUUCAGCUUUCAUCUAUGUGCAGAAAUAUCAAUCUUCCUAUGAACAAUAAAA